UGGUGACGUAAGUUGGUGCGCUUCGGAAUGGUUCCGUGGUAGAUGAGUGCGAGUGGCUUAGAAUGGUACUGCUAAAACAUGUUUGUUGUGAUUUUGAUUUUCGUGCUAUUUCAAUUGGUGGAAUCUUCAGGGAUUAGUAACGAAACAGGAUGUCUCUCCGAGCCACAAUGUCUCAAAUGCGGCCCCAAAGGAUGUAUCAAAUGUCCCAAUUUGAUAGUGCAUCCGUCGCGUCGAUGCGUUACCACGUGUCCGUAUGGUCACCAGCCCAGAUGGAGCACCCGUCUCGACUAUAUGGGUCGCAUCUGUGUUCAUAACGGCAACUUCCUGGGUCUCCCGUCGGAAACCGCUACCGUCCUCACCGGAGUCAUUGCCGGAACAGUAUUAUGCGCCAUUCUGAUUGGCUCAGCUGUGAUUUAUCUUAGAAUUAGACGAAAAAACAUGCCGCAAAACAUUGACACCAGCUCGGAUUUAGACGAUUCGCCGGAAAGACGAGACUUCCUCAAACAGCUGGAGACGUUGAAGCCCUACGCGCAAACUUACCUGGAUAUGCUGAAUGACACCAGGCGACAGGUGCGAGAGUUGCACAGAACAGGGGAUACACAUGCUCUCGCCGCCUACAAACCUGUCCUCCGCGACUUGGCGAAAAUCCUCCUCAUCCUCAACCGCAAGUCGGACCGUGUCGCUGUGCCCGACGACUGGGAGCACCUCUUCAACUGGGCCGAAAAAACCCUCAAACGCUACAAACGAAUGAGCGACGUAUCGCAACCCCAAGUCGCUCAACUAAUCAACUUCCUGCAAGGCCCUGUAUUACCCAUUCAAGAUGCCGAAAUCAGGAACAGCACCACACUGUCCACCUUCAAACCCGACCAGGUCUUCGGGUCGUCCCUGAGUUUGCAAAGUGCCGCCAUAAAGAAUUUCAACAGCAAUUAUGACUCGGCGCUUCAUGCGACUCUGAACCCCCAGUGGAAAUUCGAGUAUUCACUUGUUAAUUCGCCCACGUCGGAGUUUAAUCCGGCGGUUUGGAAGAAUAGUAAAGAGUACCUUAACAGUUCCUUGUUUUUGGACGAUGAUUUCUGCCAACUGGGAUUUAGGCCCCAGGAUGAGAUUACAACUGAAUUGUGACGGAAGGCUUUCUCGUCACUUUUAAACCAAAUUCUAUUGCUAGUCAUGUAUUUUUUACCUUGUAUUAUGGUAGUUUAAGAAUGAUUUAGAGUUUUAAGUGAACCCAGUGUACAUUUUUUUUAUGUAAAUUAAUUAAUCUUGAUUUGAUCGCGAUAUUUGGGACAGUGUUUUAAGAUAUGCAAAGAAUUAAAUGAAUGUAGAGUAUGUUGCAAAUAUUGUUACAAUUUGCAUUUCUUCAAUCUAUCUCAGAGUUAUUAGAAGUAAAAUAAUUAAUUAUUUAUAAUUAAAAAAAAAUUAUUUAUGUAGGAAAA